AUGCCUGCUCCUGGCGACCAACACAGUCGCAUCUCGAACCCGUUCGAAGAUGUAAAGCCCCGUAUAUCCGAAUACACGGCCCAAGAGAUUGCAACGCUACAGACACGACUGGAAAGACAGCUAGGACCCGAGUACUUAUCAGCUCGCGCGGGUCCCUCGGGGCAAAAAGUUCACUAUGUCGCUGCCGAGAAGGUCAUUGGACUUGCCAACGAGGUGUUUGGCUUCAACGGGUGGUCAUCAUCGAUUCAGAACAUCCAAGUCGACUUUGUGGAUGAGCACCCACAGACUCUCAAAAUCUCGCUUGGGCUGCAUGUUGUCGUGCGCGUGACCCUGCGGGAUGGGACGUUUCAUGAGGAUAUUGGAUAUGGACACAUUGAGAACUGCAAGGGCAAGGCCAUGGCUUUCGAAAAGGCAAAGAAGGAGGGAACCACGGAUGCCCUGAAGAGGGCGCUCAGGAACUUUGGCAAUGUGCUAGGAAACUGCGUCUACGACAAGGCAUAUCUGGCCAAGGUGACCAAGCUCAAGGUCGAGCCGACCAAGUUCGACGAGCUGAACCUGCACCGGCACGCGGACUUUGCCAAGAAGGAUGUUGCUGCAGAACCCAGCCUUCCGCCCGUUAAGCCAGAACCAUCAAAUGGUGUCUCAGCGCCGGCCCAUCCUCCAUUGCCAUCUCUGCCAGAGGCAGAUUCUUUCGAUGAUUUGCUCGGAGAAUUUGACGAAGCCGACUUUUGCGUUGUAGAUGCAGACAGCCAUCCGGAUGAGGUCGUUCUCCCUGAAAAUUCAUAUACAUCAGGUAGCAGCGGCAACAGUGGAGCGAGCACCACGAGUAGGGGGGUAGGCGCUCCCUCAGGGAACCAGUCAAACCAGCAGCGGCCAAUGCAACCAUCCUCACGAAUCAACUUGACAAAUGGUCCGACCGGACGCCCUCAACCUCAAACUCCCAACCACCAAAUCAAGAGAUCAGGCCCUCAGAACGGUUCUAUGAACAAUCAACAGAAUAAUCAUGGAGUUCGUCCUCCACCUCAAAUGGCAACCCAGGGCCGGCCAACUCCUCCGCCGCAGAACAACAACAGCACUCACAACGGUACGGGCCAACAGCAGCGGCCAUUUGGUAACGGCCCACAGCAAAACACACCACCGCAGCCUAACAAUGGGCCUCCAACUGCUCCAAACGGUGCAGAACCUGUAGCUUUCUUCUCAGCGCGUGCGGUUGCGAGGGUCCCGGAUGAUGCCUCCCUUCCACCGCCAGGGACAGCGAUGCCUGCAGUCUUGUUUAACCCAAAAGCAGAAAGUCCCUCGAUUCGCAAGACGCCCGGCAUUGAUCACUCGUCUUCGAAGCCAGUGUCAAGAACAGGCCAGCAUGUUCCGGGUAAACUUGCCCAAGAUGGCGGAGGGCUUGUUAAUGACAAUCCUUCUAACAAUACCGGGAAUGGCGCACAGCUCCAGCCACAAAAACAACAGCCACCCCAACAGCGUGGAAGCAUUCUCAACCCUCAGUUUGACCAGUCCCGACGCAUUGGAGCUCCCGGUGGGGCUGCAAGUCCGCUCUCGAAUAGGAAUCAGUAUAGGCCACCCACUAUGAUGAAGCGGCCACCACUAGCGGAUGUGCCCAACGGGACCACAAAUGGCACUGGGACGCCCGGGGAUGCCAAAAGAAUGAAGCUCAAUUAA